AUACUUCGAUGUUGUGUGUGUACACGCGCGCAUGGUAUCGUAUAAGCGAUUUACUGACGAAUAGAACGUGUUGGACGAUUGGAUGUGAAUAUCAAGUUCGAUUUCAGUGACUAUAACGGUUGUUUCAAGAAAAAACUGCAAAUUUUAUUUAGAAUAUAGAUUUAAUUAUAUAGAAUGCCAAAAUCAAAGGAAUAUGUUUCAAGUGAUAGUGAUAGCGAUAGUGAACAGGAAGAGCAAGUCAAGAAGAAACAAAAAACAGAAAAGGGAGAAAAAGCUGUCGCAAGUAAAAAGCCAAAAAAAGAAGCAAAAGAAGUAAAAGAAUCAAAAGAUGAAGACGACACUGUAUGGGAUUUAGGUAACAAUCGUCAAGUAAAUGUUAGGGAUUUUAAAGGAAAACUUUUUGUGGAUAUAAGAGAAAUGUAUUAUGAUAAAGCAGGAGAUCUAAAACCAGGCAAAAAAGGUAUAUGUUUAAAUAUGACACAAUGGCGUAAGUUUAUGUCAAUUGUGGAAGAGGUUGAUAGAGUUGCGAAAUCAAAAUGUUGAUAAAUUAUUUUUUCAUUGUUGAUUAAAGUCAUCUUACCUGGUUAUAAGAUGUACAUUUUGUGUUUUCUUAUCACAUUAAAAUAUUCUUUGAUAUUAAA